UAUAAACGCUGUAUAGAGCCUACAUAAAGUUAUGUAAUCUCUAUAAUGCCUCUAAACGCAAAAAUGCUAUUUAUAAAACUUAUGCAACGUUGCAUAGUCCCAUAAUAAGCUAAACGCGUUUUGAGGUUGAAUAGAGCCUACAUAAGGAAAUUAUCAAAAACACUCUAAUGAAGAUAUACAUCCUUCGUACGUAUCACCCUCCAAAACCCAUUUGUUUACAUUGUUGUAUUUGUAAUUUUGACAUAAUGUCCAUGAAUAAAUGUGAAAUUCAAAUAACUGAUAAACUAAAUUUCCAGCACCGGACCUCAUUAUUUGUGUCUUAGUGUGCGUGAAAACACGCACACUAAGAAUUACUUUAUGAGGUCCGUUUCUGGUUUAGUUUGUAGGCAAACCAAUAUAGCUACCGAGGAUUUAUAUCUUUACUAGAGUGUUUUUGGAAAUUAUUGUUGUUAUUAUUUCGUAAAUGUCAUUUUGAUUUCUCUCCAUUAUUUAAAUUUAAAAGAAAACAAUAAUGCCUUUCCAAUUUAGCUCGUUUAUUAAUGAUUUUAAUAAUUUAAAUCGCGUUUUACCAACUCCGAGAAUGCGGAAAGUUUAUAAAAAAAGGUUCAACCCAAUGAGCUUAAGAAGCGAAGAAUUUAAAAAAAAAUAUAGAUUUUCAAAAAAAAACAUCAACAAAAUAAUUGGAAUUAUCCGUUCGGACCUCAGCAGCGAUAAUAGAGGAGGCCACAUCCCCAUAGAUAUCCAAGUAAUGGCUGCAAUAAGAUAUUGGGGACGGAACGAGAUUCAAGACGAUGGAGCAGACAUCCACGGAUUUAGCCAACCUACGCUUUGCCAAAUUUGCAAGCGAGUGGCAAGAGCAUUAGCUACCAAAAGACCUUUGUUCAUUAAAAUGCCAACUUCUUUUUCGGACCAGAUAAGAACUAUGAACAAGUUCUCUCAAAUACGGGAGUUUCCAAAGGUGGUUGGGGCCAUUGACUGUACCCACAUAAGGAUCCCAAAAGUAGGUGGCCCAUCAGGGCAGUACUAUAUUAACAGAAAAGGGUACUACUCGCUGAAUACGCAAGUAGUGUGCGACGCAUCCCUUAAAAUUAAUGACAUUGUUUGCCGCUGGAGAGGCAGCACUCAUGACUCACGAAUUUUUAGGGAAAGCAGAAUCAAACAACGAUUUGAUGAUGGGGAGUUCAAUGGUCGUCUGCUUGGGGAUGGUGGGUACCCUUGUACUAAUAUCCUCUUUACCCCCGUUUUGAAUCCUCGAACGGAUCCUGAAAUAAGAUACAAUAUAGCUCAUAUAGCUACUCGUAACACGGUGGAAAGAUGCUUUGGCGUCUGGAAGCAAAGAUUCCGCAUUUUGUUAUCAGGUAUGAGGUGCUCCUUAGAAAAUGCCAAAACAACUAUUAUAGCCUUAGCAGUUCUUCAUAACUUGGCAAUUGAUUUGCAGGAUGUUCUUCCACCCACAGAUGAUGAUGUGAACGAUGACAAUCAAGCAGAUUCAACUGAAAAUCAAGAAAGAUCGCAACAGGAAGGAAGCAACCAAAAUCUCACACGGCGUGUAUUUAUUGAACAAUACUUUUCCACCCGCAAUCAAUAAAAAAUUCAUUUUCUUAUGUCUUUUAAA